CUUUUUUCUUCUUUUUAUUAUUAUUAUUCUUUAUUUCCCAAAUAGUAAGCAAUAUACACCAUGGCUUCCGCCGCAAAUAUUCUUCAACGACAAUUUAAAGAAUUAACACGAAGUCCUGUUCCUGGCUUUGUGGUUGAUCUUAAAGACGAUAAUAUCUUUGAAUGGGAUGUUGCACUUAUUGGCUCACCUAAAACAAUGUAUGAGGGUGGUUAUUUCAAGGCCACUAUGUCAUUCCCUGAUGAUUACCCUUUCAACCCACCCACGUUUAAAUUCAACAACGAAUUUUACCACCCAAAUGUUUAUCCUGAUGGCAGGCUUUGUAUUUCGAUUCUUCAUCCUCCAGGAGAAGAUCCUAUCAGUGGUGAAAAAGCAGAAGAACGUUGGAAUCCUACACAGGCAAGUGUACUUGUGUCUAUUAUUUCUUUACUGGCUGAUCCCAACUGUUCAAGUCCUGCGAAUGUAGACGCAGGUGUAGCAUAUAGAAAAAACCGAGAAAUGUUUGAGAGUAUUGUGAAAAUGCAAGUGGAUGCUUCAAAGAAAGAUAUUCCAGCCGGAUUUAAGAUGCCAACAUCAGAACAAGACUUUAUGCCUACAGCUCCACCAGAAAUAGAAGAAGAUGACAACUUGUAACUGGUAUGAAUCUGGCGAUGAAAGUGAUUUUGGUGUGGAUGAUGAUGACUAUGAUGAGGAUGAGGAUGAAGAUUAAAUUACUUACUAGAAAAGGGCAAAUUUUCUUGAAAAUAAAAUUGUGUAUACAUGUGUAGAAAUGUCUCCCUCCUGACUGUGUAGAUCAUUCAGACUCCUUAUAAAACUU